AUGAGAUCAUUGAUGUCGAAGUCGAGUUUUCUGGACAUCCAAUACAACCUCUCAAAGCGACAGUUUCUUUGGAAGCCAUCGCGAAUGUUUUCUAAAGACAGGCAGAAUUCUGCAGGUGUAUCGCCUACUUACCAACAGAGUGAACAGGAGAUGAAGCAGGUAUUCAACAAGUAUGACACCAACAAAGACGGGAAGAUCUCGCCUGAGGAGUACAAAGCCAUACUGAAGGCCACGGGGAAGGGGAACUUCCUAACAAAGGAAGUGGAGAAGAUAUUUGAGGUUGCGGAUUUGGAUGGGGAUGGUUUCAUCGAUUUCAAGGAGUUUGUGGAAGCGCAGAAGAAAGGAGGUGGGUUGAAGACGGUGGACCUACAGAGCGCGUUUCGCGGAUUCGACAAAGAUGGCGAUGGAAAGAUCACGGUGGAGGAAGUUUUCGAGCUGUUGCGGAAGCUCGGGGAAAGGUGCAGCAUGCAAGAUUGCAGAAAAAUGGUGCAAGCUGUUGAUUCAAACAGGGAUGGUGUGAUUGACAUGGAUGAAUUCUUGACCAUGAUGACUCGUUCCUUAAAGCUCAUCUAA